AUGAAUGUUGAACAAUUAGCAGCAACUAGUUGUGACGGUAGUAAGCCAUUAAAGUCAUUUUUAUGUUCAAUGAAUGGCUGUUUCACGUGUGAAAUCAUCAGAAUUGAUUGUCAGCGUUGUGGAUUGAAUUUCUGUCUGAAGCAUCGUUAUCCAGAAGAACAUCAAUGCAGUACUCAAACUGUUAAGAAUAAACAAAUUAACGAUGGUUAUCAGGAAGAAUUGAAAGAAAAGUUGUCAAUGAUUAUUGCUGCUGAUAAAAUGGACAUUGCUGAAACAAGUAUCAUUUCUUCACCACCGCAGAAGGAGAAAUCGAUGGAUGAAGCGAUGCAAAGAAGAGCUGAUCGAAUAGCAGUAAUGCGUCUUAAAUCAAAUACUCGAAAUUUUAGUAUUCCACCUGCUGAGCAAAUGUUUUUAUUCGUUGUGGAAAAUCAAAAGCGUGAGCCAGUUAUGGUUUCCAAACGCUGGACAAUAGGACGUUGUCUUGAUCAAAUUACUAGGCAUCAUUCGAUCUCGAAUAACAAUGCAACCUUUGGGACUAAAAUACUACGAUUGUAUUGUGACACGGAUUCAACUAAUCCUUUACCGAUGGAUGGUAAUGUCGAGAAAUAUUUGAAAGAUUUUUCUAACGUUUUCUUCAAGAGAGAUGAAUGA